GUGUGCUCGGUCCGCUGCCGAAGCGAAGGCGAGGGGAGUCAUGGGACCCUUUUCGCCCCGCAUCUGCGAAUCAGCCGCACCAUUCCGAGAUCGCCAUUUUGUGCGCAACGCCAGUCGUCGGCCGCGAUCCCAUGGCCUCCCGGACAGCCUCGCCACUGCAAGCCAGCAAGCUGAGCCAUGGCCACUAGUCGUGCGGCGGGAUGUGGUGGAGGAGAUGAGCCUUCGACUUCCGCUGCGGAUGACCAGCCCCCCGUGCUGGCCAAGCCACUUCACCUGCAGCGGAUCGAGCGGGCCGUCAAGCUCGACAACUUCAUCAGCUUCAUCCACAACUACUUCUCGACGCCCCUCAACGACGACGCCGAGGACACGGAGGCUGAGAGCUUGUCGGAUAUCGACGAGGAUGGUGAUGUGCUCAACGGGGGCGGUGGCGGCGAGAGCACCACCCAGUCUGAGACGGACCGGCGCGCGGAGAAAAUGAAGCUGUACAAUUUCGACAACGUCAAGAAAAGCCGGCGCUGGCUUAAGAACGUGCUGCUCAGCGACACCUCGUCCUCGGAGGAGGACAACUCGCCCACCGAGGACGACCUCCAGGACUGGCUGCGUUUCCACAAGCUGCGACAGAUUGCCAAGGCCGAGCUCAACGCUGACCCUGAGCUACGGCAAUACCAGUACUACGGUGUGGGCAUGCUCUCCCAGCACGACCCAUUCCCCGAGCACCAGAAGGCGUUCCUGGGAAACAAGAAAAAGGCCAAGGAGAAGAGGGCCAUGGAGCGGAAGAAGGCCAAGCUGAAGCGGAUAAAGGUGGAGCCCGACUAUGACGACGACUCAUUCAACCAGGACAAUUCGGAAGGGGAAGCUGCGAGCCUGGACGACUCGCGCCGUAGCCCGGACAGCAUGUGUGGCGAUGGGCCGGGUCCCAACAACAUGGCCGGCGGGGGGUCGCGACCCCACGGUCGCAAGAAGAGCGCCGCGGCCCAUGAAGCCUCCAUGAACCUCAAGCGGCGGCGGCUCUGGGUGGCCCUGGCCAAGAAGGAGAUUGCGAGGGGGCAGAAACAGAAGGUGAACGCCCACAAGGAGAUGUUGACAAAUGCGAAGAAGCUUGCGGUGGCGUGCCAGCGGGAGGUGAGGCGCUCGGCCCUUGGUUCCCAGAAGACGGGUCGGGACGUGGCGGGGGGCCGGGCCCGGAGGCUGGCGCGCGAGAUGGCCCUCUACUGGAAGCGCUACGAGAAGGUCGAGAAGGAGCACCGCAAGCGGGCCGAGCGCGAGGCGCAGGAGCAGCUGCGCAUGGACAUCGAGCUGCGCGAGGCCAAGCGGCAGCAGAGGAAGCUCAACUUCCUCAUCACCCAGACGGAGCUGUACGCGCACUUUAUGAGCCGCAAGAUAUCGGGCGGCGGACCGGAUCUCCGUCAGGAUGAGAUCCUUCAGAACCUGGAUGAGUCGGCAUCGGGCUCGCGGUCCAGCUCACUCCUCGAUGCAGAGGAUGAUGAUUAUGAUAAAGAAGCUGUGAAGGCACAAGCUUUGAGGAACGCAGAGGAGGCAUACAGGGCACACCAGGCCAAGACCGAAGGGUUUGACGCGGAAGUCAAGUGUUUGAAGAGUCCGACCAAGAAGGGAGCAUCGUCGCAGAAUGAUUUGAACGAGGACUUCAGAGUGACAGCCGAUCCGAACCUGGCGACGGAAGACCUCUGCCAGCCGCACAUGUUCGAAGGAAAGCUGAAGAGUUAUCAAAUGAAGGGCAUGAACUGGCUCUACAGCCUCUACGACAAGGGCAUCAACGGGAUCCUCGCCGACGAGAUGGGCCUCGGCAAAACUGUGCAGACCAUCGCCUUCCUGGCCGCGCUGGCCGAGGUUCAGAACAUCUGGGGUCCAUUCCUGGUCAUUGCCCCUGCAUCCACCUUGCACAACUGGCAGCAGGAACUGACCAAGUUUGUGCCCAGGUUCAGGGUGGUGCCCUACUGGGGCAACACGAGCGACCGCAAGGUGCUGCGCCAGUUCUGGAACGGCAUGCACCAGCUGGGGGGCGAGCGGGCCUCCUUCCACGUGGUGGUCACCUCGUACCAGCUGGUGGUGCAGGACGUCAAGUACUUCCAGCGCAUCCACUGGCAGUACAUGGUGCUCGACGAGGCCCAGGCCAUCAAGAGCACCUCCAGUGUCCGGUGGAAGAUCCUGCUGUCGUUCCACUGCCGCAAUCGGCUACUCCUCACGGGUACGCCGAUCCAGAACACCAUGGCAGAGCUGUGGGCCCUGCUACAUUUCAUCAUGCCAACGCUGUUCGACUCGCACGAGGAGUUCAACGAGUGGUUCUCGCGGGACAUAGAGAGCCAUGCCGAGAACAAGUCCACCAUCGACGAGAAGCACCUGUCGCGCCUGCACAUGAUACUCAAGCCCUUCAUGCUGCGCCGCAUCAAGAAGGACGUCGAGAACGAGCUCUCGGACAAGAUUGAGGUGCAGGUGUACUGCUGGCUGGCGCAGCGCCAGAAGGCCCUCUACCAGGGCCUGCGCAACAAGAUCUCCAUCGAGGACCUGAUGCAGUCGUCGGGCGCCGCUUCGUCCCAGGCGCAGUCGGCCACCUCCUCUCUCAUGAACCUCGUCAUGCAGUUCCGAAAGGUCUGCAACCACCCAGAUCUGUUCGAGAGGAGAGAAGUCCGCUCGCCGUACCACUUGAAGGGCUCCACGUUUGAGCUGUCUCGAUUUCUGUUCUCCCGGGGCGUGCUAAGUGGCUGGAACGACCAUCACAGCCGAUGGCCCAACAUCUUCCACCCAAGUCACGUGCACCACUCCAUCUUCAAGCAAGCAGAAGGACGACCUGCGAGCAGCUUCUCCUUCUGCCGGUUCGUCGGCCUGUCCCCCUCGGAACUCGCCAAGAUCAUGCUGUGUAGCCUGCUGGAGAGGUUCCUAGCCAUUGUGAAGGAGCUGAAGGAGGCGCAGCGGAGGCAUCACUGCUACGUCUGGCACAGGCACGACAAGGACUCGAGCAAAUCCAGCGGGCGGGUGUGUCCCCAAGACCUGCUCGUCAGCCGGCACGCCCCGCUGGGCGCUGCGUCGGUGGCGCAGGGCGGCGUGCUGAGUCAGCUAGUGUUUGCCGCGGACCGGCGCUGCUACGGCUUCGCCGACCACCGCAUCCACGCCAUGGCCGAGACGACGGCGCACCGCGAGAUGCGGCGCCGCAAGGUCCGCAACCCGCGCCACGCGCACCACCAUCACCACCACCACCAUCACCAUCAUCACCACCCCCACGGCAACGAUGGGACAGCUCCCGGUGGCAGUUCGACAACGGCGCCCACCGCGGGUGUGACGCCAGCCUCUCCCGUUUCGCAGCACCAAGCGACACCCGGUACGAGUGGGGAGGCCCAGUCUAAGAAGCCAUCUCAUCCCCCACCGGCAAGUCCUCCUCCACUGCCAGAGUUCCCGCACCGGCAACGACCGGUUCAGGUUCGGGAGUGCAUCCCAACAGACUUGCCUCGGUUCCUGGUCUCCUGCGUGGCGCCACGGGUGACGGCAGAGCCCUGGAACAUAGAGUGCCUGUCAAACCGCGCCCUCUGGUGGUGGCGAGGGGUGCAAGCAUGCGGCAGCCCCGACGCCCAGCGGUGGUGGCGGACCGGUUCGAUAAGCCCCGAACCUCCGGCUCCGGGGUUCGAGCCUCGGGACCCACCGGAAGGGGGCAUUGCGUCUGCCAGACCUUUCCAUGGGUGGUCGCACAUCUCCAUACCAGACAAGGAAACCCUGGUGACGGACUCGGGCAAGCUCCAGGUCCUGGACCAGCUUCUGCGGAAGUUGAAAGCCGGGGGUCAUCGAGUCCUCAUCUACUCGCAGAUGACACGCAUGAUCGAUCUCCUCGAAGAGUAUAUGUGGCACCGCAAGCACACGUACAUGCGGUUGGACGGCUCCUCCAAGAUCUCCGACCGGAGGGACAUGGUCGCUGACUUCCAGGCCAGGUCGGACAUCUUUGUGUUCCUCCUGAGCACGCGAGCUGGUGGUCUUGGAAUCAACCUCACAGCUGCAGACACGGUGAUCUUCUACGACAGCGACUGGAACCCGACCGUGGACCAGCAGGCCAUGGACCGUGCCCACCGUCUUGGUCAGACCAAGCAGGUGACUGUGUACCGGCUCCUCUGCAAGGGCUCCAUCGAGGAGCGCAUCCUUCAGAGGGCGCGGGAGAAGAGCGAGAUCCAGCGCAUGGUGAUCAGUGGCGGCAACUUCAAGCCCGACACGCUCAAGCCCAAGGAGGUAGUGUCGCUGCUUCUGGAUGACGCCGAGCUGGAGCGGAAGUUCCGACAGCGUCAGGAGGAACGGAAGCAGCUUGAGGACAACGUCGAGAAGCCCAAGGAGCGCAAGAGGCGAAGCGACAAGGGAGAGAAGCGGGGUCCCCGCAAGAGGAAGAUGGUUGAGCACAAUGUGACGACAAGUGCUCCCCCAGCUGUAACCAUGGCGUCAACGCCGCCUCCCACCCUGCCUUCUCAACAGGACUCGGAGUCCAUCGUCAGCCUUGACUCCGUCCCACCAAGUCCCUACAGCGAGCGUUCGCUGAGCAGCGUGGCCGUGGCUCAAGAUGACGACAGCAGCGACGGUCCCCUCAUCGUGGAUGAUGGCAGCCCGUCGAGUACUCCCGUGCCACCGCUGAACACCUCAGUGGACAGUCCUGGAGCGCCAUCUCCGGGCGGCAAAAAGGGCCGAGGCACAGGUCGAAGUCGGGGUCGGCCCCGAGGGUCGACGCGCAGGGGCGGCGCGGCCCUGCGUGGCCGGGGGUCCAUGCUGGCGGCCGCCGAGCGAGCCGGAGCCCAAGCCGGAGCCCAGGCUGGUUUUGCAGCCUAUGGCUACAGUGUUCCCUGGAAUGGAGCCUCGUCAACAAGCGGGACGACGUCUUCGGCGGCGACGCGUGGUGGCGCUGCCGGCAGCCCGUUCCGUGGCGCCCUCCACCAGCAAACCGCGGCGUCGUCCAGACACGGCUCCCCGCGUCAGGGCCUGGGCCAGGCGUCGUCCUCGUCCGCGGCGUCGGGUACCGCCUCCGGUUCCCAGGCGGCGCUGCAGCAGCACCUCUCCCAGCGGCCGCUGUAGUUUCUUUUUUUAACCAAGUGGCCAGGUGCUGCCGAAACUUGUGACGUCACCCGGGGGCUAGCACGUCGGCGUGCGUUGUGAUCGGCCAUGAAUGGCCUUUUGAUUCUGUGAAGCUGCGAAGACGUGCGUUCGGAUUUUGAAGAAAAAAAACUUGGAGCGCCUCAUUGUCAGCCAGCGACGACCCGUGGUGGCAGGUCCGAGACCUCCGUGACGUCGCCGCCGGCGAGGGGUUCUCGCGUUAUUUCGGUGAAGUCGCACAAUUGCGUGUACGGUCCGUGUGAGCACCCUUGUUUUUUUUAGUUUGUGCCAUAAGUCGUGAACGCCUAGUCCAUUAAGAAGCCUCCUCAGCGGUUACUAGGCUCGUCGUGAUUUUAGCCUGACUGCAGUUUGCAAGAUCUUCACCUUGUCGAUGCGAUUCCGACUCUUGCACGUUUUGUGAAACGUAUCGUUUGUGUCGUUGACGUCGGUCGGGAGCCAAAGUUUUGUCGUGGACAAAGAGGUGUACAUAACGUUUUUUUUUUGUUGCUGCUUAGAUUGCAUUGAAGAGAAAAGUUCCUCGUGUCUCGCCUGCCUUGUGUUUGUUGGCCAUGUUUCAGUCUCGAGGCCCUCUGUUCGCCGUUUAGGCCUAACAUUUUAGCACGAAUCGCUGACGUCACCUAUUUUCGGGCACCCUGACGCCAAGCCGCUGUUGCAGACGCACGCACCAUGUGGUACCGGCCUGGGAAGAACCGACGCCGCUGGAAGAAGUCGACAGGGCGAAAGUUUGAAACGCCGCGUGCAUAAUCGUGAAAGGUUGAUUGAUUGUGGCAGAGCCGCGGAAUCCGAUCAAGGCCCCUCUCUGGAGAAACACCGAGUCGAAGGACAAAGCGACCACAUUUCAUCGCAGAGAGCUUAUUAUGUUCGGUGUUAUCAACUUGAUACGUCAUUCUCAGUCCCUUCGAAGGUCAAAGGAGGCUGGUGCAUUUUUGCUGUUAUUUUCUGUGAUCACGAUGCUUGCGAACUGGACAUCGGUGGCAUUAGCAGGUCAUCGUUUAUCUGUCAAGAGCUCUUGUGUGUGAAUAGACCUACGUGAUAAUGAACGUUUCGAAGUUGCACUGUGUUGUGCAAGACUUGUGCGCACCGUCACCCUGUUGUCUUUUCUCCUGCCGCGCUUACAAAGGGUGCAUAAUUGUACCAGCGUUCUCUUCGUUUGCUGUCGAAAACUGAUUAAGGCUUCGCACUCCUCGAAAAAACUUGUAGGCCCGAAGAAGCAAGGAUAGUGAGUGUGAAUCCGUUAAGCAGGAAAAUAAGCUGGAGGUCGUAAAUGCUUACCUCAAACUUCUGAAAACUGACGGUUAGCGAGGCUUGGAGGUGUGCUUACCCGCUGUUGUGAGGUCGCUAUGAAGAUUGACGGUUACCCUUGAUCUGUAACAGAGAAUGUCGCAGUGACUGAGUGGCGUGAAUUUCUGGAAAAGAUAAAAAGUCUGAGACUAUGUAUGACGUAGCUCUUGCCACCUUACACAAUGUAAAUAAUAAAAUUAACUUCUGAACCUG